AUGUCAGCUAUACCGACAAAGACGAUUCGGCCAGAUGUGCCCCCCGAGACAGAAAAGCUUUCGCUUCUGCAUGGCCCGGUCGACCCUCCUCUAGUUGACUUAACGCUCGGCGAACUUCUCGAACUACAGACCUACCAGCACGGUACGCGCGAGUGUCUCGUUAUUCCGUGGACGGGUGCGCGCUGGACGUACAAUGAGUUGAAUCAGCAGUCUUCAUGGCUGGCGCAGUCGCUACUCGAUAUGGGUAUUGGUGUUGGCGACCGCUUGGGCAUCAUGGCUGGCAACUGCGAGCAGUACGCCGCCGUAUUUUUCGCCGCAGCCAAAAUUGGGGCAAUUCUCGUUAUCCUCAACAACACGUAUACGCCAACCGAAGCAAUGUACGGCAUUCAAUUCUCAGAAUGUAAAAUGGUCUUUACCACGCGCAGCAUCGGUCGCAUGGACAACACGCGCUUGCUGGGUGACUUGGACAACUUGGACCGUGGCCCCAAAGUCAUCAUACUGCGGGGUGAGGCUGGCAACUAUACAACUUACGACGAUCUAAUCAAAGCUGCUUCACGAAAAGGUCAUGAUAGGCUCUACGAGGCAAUGAGACGCGUCAGUCCACAUCAAGUGGUUAAUCUGCAAUUUACUAGUGGCACCACAGGCCUUCCCAAAGCUGCCAUGUUGACACACCAUAACCUCGUCAAUAACUCUCGCUUCAUUGGCGACAGAAUGCGCCUCACAUCAGCCGAUGUUCUCUGCUGCCCGCCACCUUUGUUCCAUUGCUUCGGCCUUGUCCUGGGGCUCCUGGCCAUUGUCACACACGGCGGCAGAAUUGUUUACCCUGCCGAAGUGUUUGAUAUCUCUGCCACUCUGCGCGCCAUCUCAGACGAGUCUUGCACCGCCGUCCAUGGCGUGCCUGCCAUGUUCGACUCACUCUUCCAAUCCGACUUUCCACCCAACUUUCGCUGCGACCGCCUCCGCACUGGUAUCAUUGCGGGAGCACCCGUUCCCCGAUAUCUCAUGGAGCUUCUGGUCGAAAAGUUCGGCAUGACUGAGUUCACGUCAAGUUAUGGUCUGACGGAAGCCAGCCCGACAUGCUUCAACGCCUUCACCGACGAUAACAUAGACACACGUUUGACGACAGUAGGAACGCUUAUGCCACACGCUCACGCUAAAAUUGUCGAUCGUGAUGGCAAUAUUGUUCCUAUCGGCGUGCGCGGUGAGCUGUGCAUGGGCGGAUAUCAGCUUCAAGCGGGCUACUGGAACAACUCGGCAAGGACCAAUGAGGUAAUGGUGCGCGAUGCUACCGGGGUUUUAUGGCUUCAUACUGGUGAUGAGGCUGUGUUUGACGAGCAGGGAUAUUGUACUAUCACUGGCCGCUUUAAGGAUAUUAUCAUCCGCGGUGGCGAGAACAUUUAUCCUCUCGAAAUUGAAGAACGACUCAUGGCGCACCCUUCUAUCUCUCGCGCCAUCGUAGUUGGUCUGAAGAGCAAACACUACGGCGAAGUUGUAGGUGCGUUCCUCGAGCUUGCAGCAACAACAGCCAAGCCUACGGAUCAGGCACUGCGUAACUGGGUACGCAAGCGCCUUGGUGGGCACAAGUCACCUACCCACCUAUUCUGGCUCGGCGAAGGCGGCGUUCCUGCAGACGUACCACUGACAGGUAGUGGUAAAGUGAAGAAGUUCGAAAUGGCCAAAGUGGGAGACGAGCUGCUCCGCAAAGACACGGGUGUUGCCAAGUUGUAA